CUCACAGUGAACGAGCAGAAUGGUUCUUCCUAGAUGAGCUUCAGAAAAUGAACGUCUCUCUGCUUGACUCUGCAGUAGCGAUGUAUCGCCUGUCAGUCGACCAUCAGCUCAACGCCAGCUGCAACUGCUCUUUGUCAAACUGGACCGCGGUGGCGGACGAUGGCCCCCAGCUGCCCACGUUCACCACGGCCGCCAAAGUCAGGGUGAUCAUCACCUUCAUCCUCUGCGCCAUAUCAGCGUUUUGCAACCUGGCUGUGCUGAGAGUGGCACACACCAGCGGGAAACGAAAAUCCCACGUCAGGGUGCUGAUCAUCAACCUGACGGUGGCCGACUUGCUGGUGACCUUCAUCGUGAUGCCCGUGGACGCUGUUUGGAACAUCACGGUCCAGUGGCUGGCCGGGGACUUUGCCUGCAGGAUGCUGAUGUUCCUUAAGCUCCAGGCCAUGUACUCCUGUGCCUUCGUCACCGUGGUGAUCAGCCUGGAUAGGCAGGCGGGCAUUCUCAACCCGCUGGCCAUCAAUAAAGCCAGAAAGAGGAACAGGGUCAUGCUCACAGUAGCGUGGACUAUGAGUGUUGUGUUGUCAGUCCCUCAGCUGUUUCUUUUUCACAAUGUGACCAUCAUCCACCCCAAAGACUUCACACAGUGCACAACACGGGGGAGCUUUGUUACGCGCUGGCAUGAAACUGCCUACAACAUGUUCACCUUUUCCUGCCUGUUCCUGCUGCCGCUGGUCAUCAUGAUCACCUGUUACACCAGGAUCUUCUGUGAGAUCUCCAAACGGCUGAAAAAGGAUAAAUUGCCGUCUACUGAAAUGCAUUUACGAUGUUCAAAGAACAACAUCCCUCAAGCCCGGAUGAAAACUCUGAAGAUGAGCAUUGUGAUCGUCCUGUCCUUCAUUGUGUGCUGGACUCCGUACUACCUGCUGGGCCUCUGGUACUGGUUCUUUCCCGAUGACCUGGAGGGCAAAGUCUCCCACUCACUGACUCACAUCUUGUUCAUUUUCGGGCUGGUCAACGCCUGCCUGGACCCAAUCAUCUACGGUUUGUUCACCAUUCACUUCAGGAAAGGACUCCGGAGGUUUUACCACAGCACAGCCACGGCCACAGACCUGGACAACACCACCGUCAUCACGGGAUCCUUCACCUGUGCUGCCAUUUCCGUGUCUCUGAAGAGAGACGCGAGCCCCGCCGGCCAGGAGAGACUCAUGCGCGGAGCCGAUCACAGCAACAAAGAGGCAUCUUUAGUGAGGAGCAGCUUUUUAACGACUGCUCACUUCACAGAGAGAGAGCCCAAUAUGUGCAGCUCCGAGAGUGUUUUAUAA